GUUGUUGGCGUUGUUGGAGAAGGCGAUAUUGUCGUUGUUGCGUGGUCUCUGGCCUAUGGUUGCUUUAUGGCCUUAAUGGGCAUUUGCCAGAUAUCAACAGUCACCUAUCUCUCUCUCCUGACCAUAUUUGCUGUUUGCUGGAUGAUUUCUGCCGUUUUGUAUAAACAACUAUUACCAAUUUUCCAACUUCUCAAGGCCCCAUUCACUAACGGUUUUCGUUUAUUUGAUCACUGAUUUCUAAAAUUCAAAUGAAUACUGACUUGUUUUAGAUUUCUACUGAUUGAACCAACACUCCAUACGGAACAAACAAAAAAUCAAUAAAAUUAAAAUAAGUGGAAAAAAAAAAUCGGCUAAAUGGCUUGAUAAUUUUCUGGUGUCUUAGUUUUCAUAUUCUAUUAUCUAAUUUUUUGUUCGGACUUGAUAUCUUAUGUCGUAAAUACCAAAUGAAACCAAAUAAUAAUUCAAAAUUAAAUUCAAUUAAUUUAAAAACGAUUCCAGAAAAAAAAAAUUUCAAUCUAAUGCCUUGGAUUUUUUCUUGUGUCUUGAAUUUUAAUUUAUUUUAUCUUCACAAUCAGUUGAAUUUGGGCUUAUUUUUUUCCAAUUUUCUUGUUAUUAUUCCUGUUAUUUCUAUUAUUCCUAUAAUAUUCCUUAUAAUAUUUUUAUCAUUGCUCCCCUUGUUGUUGAUUAUGAGGUAAACUAAGUAUAAAAAGAAAGGCACGAUAUCCGUACG